AUGCGACUAUCGAUCAAAGACAAGACACGCCGAUUUGGGCUACAUGAUUUGUUUAUUGUUUUAGCCUUUCUCUUCAGCGUCGGUCAAACCAUUGCUGUAUCUAUAGAGUCAAUACAGGUACUGGGUCAGCAUAUGCGCGAGCUGAAUCCCAACCAGAUCACUAUAUUCCAGAAGACUGAGUAUGCGAGCUGUAUACUCUAUAUCGCGAGCAUGGGGUGCGCUAGGAUAUCUUUGUGCUUGCUCAUCAAGGAUAUUCUUCCCGGAUCAAUAGCACGCUAUACGACCCUUGGAUUUGCUGCAUUCACAGCUCUCUGGACGACCACCGGUGUGCUUGUUGCUGCAUUUUCGUGCUCACUGCCCGAUCCGUGGCGAUGGGGCAACGGAAAGAAAUGCCUCGAUAUCUCCAGCUGGGUCAACUACGUCGGAAGCACGAAUAUUGUUGUUGAAAUUCUUCUAAUCACGAUACCCCUCUGUGUAUGGAACGUUCGAACCUCCGCUGGUCGGCGCAUGUCUGUUUCUCUAUUAUUCUUAUCUCGUCUCAGCGUCGUCGCCGCUGUCAGUGCGCAGCUACACUUUUUCAACGCACGCCAUACCAAUGACUUCACCUACGAAAGCUGGCGUACCGUGCUCUGUAUCCAAGUUGCGCAGAAUCUGUCCAUCAUUACUGCAUGUCUCCCCAGCCUACACCCCUUUAUAGUGAAGAUGCUUGCGGGAUCUACCAAGAGCGAGGACAUCCUGUCAUGCGGAGAGCGGCAUUUCCAAAACAUGUCGUGGUUCUCUAAGCGGAGAGCCUUCGACUCCAUGUCGUCACAGUCUUCCAGUAUGCCCAUCAAGGAGGAGAAGGAACAAGAGUACUGCGCACCGCUGGCUACUUAUGGGCUUGAUCGAGCAUCUACACACCUUAUAUCGCCCCAAACGAACCGUUUCCCCUUGAACAUUGCGACACCUCGGGCUAGUCCGGAACCGCCAAAGGAUGUAUUCAUGCGAAGUAUCGAGAUACCCACCAGUGCUUCGCGCUCCGCCAGUCUAAGGCGAAAAUCCACCAUUCGGACGGUUCGCAACUCGAGAGGUAUCCCUGAGAUCCCUGAAAUACCCAAAUCACUGUCCGAAGUAGGCGUGCUGCCAAUAAUAGACUUCGACUCGGACAACAACACGAGCGAUAUAAGAUCCGAAGCCAGCAGUCAGCAGAGCAGGAGGCCGCCAUCAGACUAUGUCUUCCAUAGAUCCAAGGUCAUCAGCGUGCCAGAAGAGAGCUUCUUGAGGGACCAGCGGGAAGAAGGACAGUACUACAAGAAAUACUAUCCACCACUACCUAGUCCAAAGACUCCUAGAAAGCCGCCUCGAGCAUUCUAA